AAUGCCAUCCAACAGUGAAUAUUCAGACGUCGAAGAACCACAGAACGGAACAGACCGCAAAGGACUUGAAUGUAAAACAAAGUUAUCGGAGAUUUAUUCACAAUCUUCGGAAUUAUUGUGAUUUCUUGUGAAUCAAAUAUAGUGAAUUAUUUGUGAUUUAGAACACACAAGGACAUUUUAUCAUGAAAUUUUCCACAGAGUUCAAAAUGAAGAGAAAUUUUUGACUGACAAAAAAUUGUGUGCAUUUUUAUUAAAGACUUUUGUUUUUGGAGAAGAACUCAGUUAAGGCUAUAUAAACUUGUGAAAAAAAUGUCCAAAAGCCAAUCGGAUCACAUAAAACGCCCCAUGAACGCCUUUAUGGUGUGGUCUAGGGGACAACGACGAAAAAUGGCCCAGGAUAAUCCCAAAAUGCACAAUUCAGAGAUUUCCAAAAGACUUGGAGCUGAAUGGAAACUCCUAUCAGAAUCCCAAAAGCGACCAUUCAUCGAUGAAGCCAAGAGAUUGAGGGCAUUGCACAUGAAGGAGCAUCCAGACUACAAAUACCGACCACGACGGAAACCCAAAACCCUCGUGAAGUCACCCGUUCCACAAGGAAAUCAUCAUCAUUCACCCACCUCCAAUAACCAUCAACAUUCCAACAAGGAUUCUCCAAUGCCAGCCAAGUACCCUUUUGUGCCCAGCCUUGACCUCAGUCUGAGUCUACCACCUAGGCCGCCGGGUUUUCCACUACCGCACUAUUCCACCCUUGAUCCAGCAUUUGCCCUCGAUCUCCAAGCACGACUUCAGGCCAUGUGUGCCAACGGAGGUCUCUACCAUCCUUGGCGGUACUUUGGUUGCCCCACCAUUCUACCCACUUCAGAUUCACCACCUUCACCACCCACACCCGUGUCAUACGUCUGCGUCAAGUCACCCAAAUCAUCACCGCCGCCCCCAACGGCACCCGGGGCUCCACCACCAUCCACAGUCAUUUGACCCACACCGCUAAGGUUCAACGUGGAGCACACGGCUGUUUAGGGGCAAUUGGAAAGAGCUAACAACUUGUACGAGAAUGAACCCGAGUGAGAAAUUUUCAAAAUUACAAAAAAAUAUAGUUUUCCUGCAAGUUUAAUGGGUUAGUUAGUGAAUAUAGUCUCAGUUAUUCUGACAUAUUAUGCAAAUUUUCGAAAACCAACUUUAUAAAAUAAUAAGUCCGAUUCUAUUUUAAAUUGAUAA